AAGAACGUGUGUUAGCAGGGGCUCUUACUGAUCCAAGUUAGGAGCUCUCAGCUGCUAGCCUUGGCCCAUCAUGUAAGUGCCUGCCGAGGUUUCUUUGCAGAGCGCUUGCAGAAUUUACCCCGUUUUCGUCGCUUUUUGCGAGGCGUGCAAUUGCAAUUUCAGCUUUUGCACGGAGAAGAGCGCAUCCGACGCCCAAGGGUUCCGAGUGCAUGAGGAUCGGAGCUUGUAUUUUGCACCAUUGUUGCAAAGCAAGCCCGCUUGAAGCCUCACUGCGAGGACUAGAUGGAGGGAGGGAGCGACAAGGAAGGCAAAGUCUUUUGUGCUUCCCCUUCCCCCAACAACCCGAAAGGGGAGAUGUCCGUGCCAAAAGCAGCAGGUAAAAAGAAGCCACCUCUCCGGCUUCCAAAAGAGGCGUUUGAGAAACCCCAGCCUGCACCUACACCCCCAAGAGACCUGGACUCCAAAGCCUGCGUUACCAUUGGAGAAAAGAACUUUGUGGUGAAAGCAGAUGAUUUGGAGCAGAUUGGGGAGUUGGGGCGAGGGGCAUAUGGAGUGGUGGACAAGAUGAGACACGUCCCCAGUGGCGUAAUAAUGGCAGUAAAGCGGAUCCGAGCCACAGUAAACACACAGGAGCAGAAACGGCUGCUAAUGGACCUGGACAUCUCGAUGAGAACAGUCGACUGCUUUUUCACUGUUACCUUCUAUGGGGCCCUCUUCAGAGAGGGUGACGUGUGGAUCUGCAUGGAGCUGAUGGACACCUCUCUGGAUAAGUUUUAUAAGCAGGUGCAGGAGAAGGGUAUGACCAUCCCAGACGACAUCCUUGGCAAGAUCGCAGUCUCUAUUGUGAAAGCACUGGAGCAUCUCCACAGCAACCUGCAAGUGAUACACAGAGAUGUGAAACCCUCUAAUGUCCUGAUAAACAUGCAGGGCCAGGUGAAAAUGUGUGAUUUUGGCAUCAGUGGGUACCUGGUGGAUUCAGUGGCGAAGACAAUGGACGCUGGCUGUAAACCAUACAUGGCGCCUGAGAGAAUCAACCCAGAGACCAAUCAGAAAGGCUACAAUGUCAAGUCUGAUAUCUGGAGUUUAGGAAUCACAAUGAUUGAGCUGGCCAUUCUGCGGUUUCCCUAUGACUCAUGGGGAACGCCAUUUCAGCAGCUCAAGCAGGUGGUGGAAGAGCCGUCACCCCAGCUGCCAGCAGACCGCUUCUCACCCGAGUUUGUGGACUUCACGUCACAAUGCUUAAAGAAAAAUUCCAAAGAGCGGCCAAACUACACAGAACUAAUGCAACAUCCUUUCUUCACCCUCCAUGACUCCAAAGACACUGACGUGGCUAGCUUUGUGAAGAGCAUCCUCGGGGACUGAGAGCGUCCCUCUCGGCAAAAACGUGUUGCCGCGGGGGGAGGGGAGAGAUGGGACUGUUUCAGAAAAGAAAUCGCCAAUAGCAAGACUAACACCUGUAAGACACGCCCACCUCAGCUGCCAGGAGUGUACAUGCAUUCAAGAGGGGCUGGGGGACUGAAACUGAGGGGGGCAGGGCGUUUCCUAGCAACACACCGGAGUAGGGCAUGGGACGGGAAUCUUAGUACGUGUGUGCAUGUAUGCGUGUGAAAUUGCGUGUGUGCGUUUGUAUGAGUGAAUUAUAUGCCUGAUUGUAUAUGCAUACAUGUGCAUUAAAAGGUUUUACAGUCCCAAGUCUUAUUUUCAAGUCACACUUAAUCAAUUGUUCAAUCAUAGUCAAAACUCCGCUUUACCUCUCAAUCCAAAAAGCAGUUUUAAUAUCAGGUGAGUCUGUUAUAGAUCUAUGUUGAGUUUUCCCCAGUGGCACUUCAGUGUAUUCAAAUUGUUCAGAAACGUUACCAACCAACAACAUCCGGAUCUCUUUAAAAUAAAAUGAAAUUUAAAGAGAGAGAGUGGUAUAGAUAUAUUUAUCUAUUAUCUAUAUAUGUAUAUAAACUCAAAAAAUAUUUCUUGAAUUUGUUAAAUGAGUUCAUUAGGACAAUAUACUGUGUUGGCUGCAAGGAGUGAAUUAUAUAAAAAGAAAAAUGGAUGAAUGAAACAUCUGUUUCCCCUGUAUUUGCAUCAUCACUGAAGGCUGAUGUCAGAUCAGUUUAGAAAUGCAGUUGGAAUAUUGAGGGUCAGGAAUUAGGCCCACAGAGCUGUCCCUGAAUCAGAUGUUAAAGGAUAGUUAUCCAAAAAUGAAAAUUCCAUCAUUUACUCACCUUGUUGUUCCAAACCUGUAAGAUUUGCUUUCUUUUGUGGAACACAAAAGGAAAUGUUAGGCUGAAUGCUGUGUUUCUGUCACCGUUUUCUUUCAUUACAUUUAAAAAAAGACAGAAGAAAGAAAGUCAAACAGGUUUGGAACAACAGGGAGAGUAAAUGACAGAAUUUUCAUUUUUGGGUUAACUGUCUCUUCAAUGGUCAGAAGUGAAGAUCUUUGCAUUGCCUGCAAGGCCUAAAUGCAGUGGUUGCAAACACUGCUUUCCAAAUACCCUCCACGAACUUUGUGUGUGAAUGGGUGUACGUAUGUGUGUGGUUUAUUUGCUACUUGUCUAUACCAAGGUCAUUUUGGGGCAAAAGGUAUCUAUGUCAGUUGGCUACAUCUAGUCCUCUCUGUUCUGAGCCAAUCAAAAAAAUUCUCACUCUUUUCAACUGCAAUCCAACUGGAAAUGAUUAUAUUAUUAUCAUCUUUAUAUUAUUUUAUUAUUAUUAUUAUACACACUGCAUAUGUAUUAACCGCAAUGAGGUGUUUUGCAGUUUCUGUACGUGUUGUAACUGCUGUUUUUCUCAUUGGAAACUUGACAAUUUCAUUUUAAUUUUAAGAUUGUGUGCAGGCAUGAGUGUGUGUGUUGAAGUAAGAGCGUGUGCGUGUACAUGUAUGCAUGUGAGUGUUAUAUAAGAGUCUGAACACACGUAGCUGACACUUUCAAAGCCUCACUGUGACUCGGAAGCCUGAUUUUGUGCCUCUUUGUAGGAAAAAAAGCAAAAAGAAUUCAUCUACAGUACAUUCAAACAAACUACAAAGCCCAUGCUGCUUGUGACACAAAGACAUGCUUUGCUUUCCUCAGGCUUUGGAUAGUGGUGAGGGGUCUGUUGCUUUGCUUUCUGGGCUACUGAUUUUAUUCUCCCGAAAUAUUCUGUAAGGUGGAGAUGAUGUAUGUGUGCGUGUGUGUUUGUUUUGAUUUUUUGUUUUGUUUUUUUGGUUGGUUGUUAGGGUCUCUUUUUUUUUUUUGUCUUGUGACCACUGUAUAGAAUGGAUAACACUGCUGAUUUGCCUGUAAUCGUUCUAUUGUUUGAUUCAAACAUAAAAGUUCUCUUAUAUCUUCGCUGCUUCUUUUUGAUAUA